AUAGGCCUACUGUCACUAUCGCUCCACGCGCAUUGUAUAAAAAAAAAAAAUAACUAACACACUAUCGCUCCUUGUUCUAUCUGUGCCGCUACUUUAGCUAAGUCUAAAGUCAACUGCUGAUGGAGGCCCCACUGCCCCCCCGUGAGUCUGGCCGGUUCGUGGUAGAGCAUAGUCGGGAUGUGUUUGUGGAGGAGGAGGGUGUGCGGAGGGUAGCAGAGAUGCUCUACGCCCUGCGGAAGAGCGAGGAGCUCACAGCCAGUGGGUGGAAGAAGGCCAACCCCCUGGCCCCCUCCCCAACCUCCGACCACGCCCUGAACUGGGUGUUUGUAGUCGACACGAUGAACUUCUCCUUCUGGCCCGAACGGGAGGACCAGCAGUGUGAGGUGACGUACCGCGGGACCACCUACCGCGGUUACAUGACCCUCUGUGCUGCCAUCACCAGAGCAAUGGAAGAGGGUAUUCCCAUCACAGAACCGUCCUAUUUCUCCCAGAUGAGUGUUGAGGAGUUGGGCCGUGUCUUGCGCUCUGAUAACGACACGCCCAUGCCCAUGCUUGUGGAGCGUCACCGGGUCCUCACAGAGGGGGGACGCGUGCUCCUGCAGCAUGGAGGAAGCUUCCGGAGCUUCAUAAGCCCAGCCGGUAGCGAUGCGCAGAAGAUGGUGGAGCUCAUCGUAGACAACCUGCCCUCAUACAGGGACGAGGCCACAUACAAGGGAAAGAGGAUUUCACUAUACAAGAGAGCUCAGAUUCUGGUGGCUGAUUUUUGGGGCAUCAUGGAGGCCAGGGUCGAGGGGGACAUCCCAAACCUGGACUUCCUCACCAUGUUUGCUGACUACAGAGUACCACAGGCCCUGGUCCACCUGGGUGCACUGCGCUACUCAGACACCCUGAUGGAGACAUUGAGGAACGGUGAGUUGCUCAGCUCAGGCGACAGGAGAGAGGUGGAGAUUCGUGGCUGCUCUAUCUGGUGUGUGGAGAGGAUCAAGGCACACUUGUGGAGUCUGGUUGAAGAGCGAGAUGGCCAAAGCUGCAAUAUCAACUCUGCCAUCAUCGACUUUUAUCUCUGGCCUUAUGCCAAACAGCACCAUAAAGAGAUGGCCCACAUUCCCAUACACCACACACGUUGCAUAUAUUACUGACAGGCCUACACAGAGAAACUGACUAUUUUUGUGAUUUAAAAACAUUGGAAAAUCAAAA